UUGGUGGGUGCAUUGUUGUUCACAUUCCGGAUCCCUGCAUCCCUUCUACACUCUUUUUCCCCUUCCUUCCAGCGAUAGUGCUUCUUCCUGCUCUUCGUUUCUAGGGCUUACACCGUCGUUUUCGCUCCCUUUUGGCUGCCUGUGCUGCCGCGUUCAAUUCGCCGCUGCUUGGUCUCGUUUGGUUCCAUCCGCUAUGGCAGGGGGCCGGGAUUUGCACGGCGUGGAUCGCUGCUUCCAUGGUUCUUGAACCUGUUCAUCAGCACAGCAAAGGUCUUCCGCGGCGGCAGCUCGCGUGCGGACCCCCCUAUCUUUCCUUCGCUUUCUGGAUCGACUCGUUCGUGUCUUCUCUGUCUCGUCCUCCUCUCGUACUUGCUUCGUCCUUGUUGUCCCACGGCGUUCGCGGGCCUCUUCGUCCGAGAUGUCGCAACAGAGUAUAGAUAGGGUCCGAAGGGUACGUGCAAGCCGUGAAAGGCGAGCCACCAAUGUCUUGCUGCGGCCCUUUGCAAUGGACAUACAGAGCACGGUGGGAACAUCGUCUGAACCUUUGCGGGUAGAUCGGAGUAAGAGGCCGCGUUCCCUUAUGGAUUUUUCAGCUGGCUUAUCCAAGCUGCAUAGACAGCACCGUUGUUUACUGCGGUCAAAGCUGCCUCCUUUGCCGCCACCACACGCUCCUUCUGCUUCUGCUAGCAGGCCAAGCACUGCCUCAUCAGCAACAGAUAGGGAAUACAUCCAGUCGCUCAAGGGUUCGUAUCCUGCGAUAGGAAAAACAACCUAUGCUUUGUUUAAUGAAAAAAACAUGUCUGUCUCACAAUGGUAAAAUGUGUGUCUUACAGCGUCCUACCCAGGCCGGUCAUACUAUGGUCCUCCAACGCAUGAGUGUCCAUAUUGUGGUGCUGUCUUUUGGUUCCAGGAGAGGGUUAAGUCACUCUCUGCUGUCUCAAAGAGGAAAAUUGUCUAUAAUCUAUGUUGCAAGAGCGGCAAAAUACAAGUGCCUCGUUUUGAGCAGCCCCCAGAGCCUCUUGCGGCUCUGAUAAAAUCUGAUGGUGAUGCUCGAUCGAAGAGAUUUUUAAGACAGAUUGGAUCAUACAAUUCAUCCUUUGCUUUUACUUCGAUGGGCGCAACCAUCGACAGAUCAAUUAACACUGGGAAUGCACCUUAUGUUUUCAAAAUCAACGGUGUUGUGCACCACAAGAUUGGCACUCUUUUGCCAUCGCAUGGUGCGACAUCAAAAUUUGCACAGCUUUACAUCUAUGAUCUUGCUAACGAGGUCCAAAAUCGGUUAAACAUUUUCGAGAAUGAACGCGAUAGCAACGAUAGGCCUGACCCUAAAAUAAUCGCAGCCUUAUCGGCCAUGCUUGACACGCACAACAAACUUGUUCAGAAUUUUAGGUAUGCCAGGUCACGACUUGCUGAACAUGGCGAUGAGAAGAUAACUUUGUGUUUGCUAGGCUGCAAUGCUAAGGAUGAUGUUCAGUAUAAUCUUCCAACAAGCGGUGAAAUAGCUGCCAUAAUAGUUGGUGACUUUGAUGCGAAGGAGUGCAAGUUUGAUGUGCUUGUUCAUGAUAGAGAUCAUGGGAUGCGUCAUGUCUCAUCGCUACAUCCAUCGUAUUUAGCUUUGCAAUACCCUUUGCUUUUUCCGUAUGGCGAACGUGGCUUUCAUCUAGGCAUUAAAUACGCUGAUUAUGAUGGGGUUGGUAGGAAAUACAUUACGAUGCAAGAGUUCCAUAGAUAUCUGAUUCAUUACAGGCUAAAUGAAUCUAAUCCUUUCACGUGCUAUGGCCGGCUUAGUGACCAGGCCAUUGUUGAUGUUUUCUCAAGCAUUGAAGCUAAUAGGAUAUAGUUUAUAAUCGAUCAUCAAACCGAAUUGCGUGCUGAGUCCGUUGAAGGGAUUGUAGAUGCGAUUGAUAGAGGGGUUACGAGCGGAGAUUCAGUUGGUAAACACCAGGUACUCCCAGCUAGCUUUACUGGAGGCAGGAGGUAUAUGGUUAUGAAUUACCAAGACGCAAUGGCAAUCUGCCGUCUGUAUGGCUCGAUUGACCUGUUCGUGACAUUUACGUGCAAUUCUAAAUGGCAAGAGAUUGCUGAAACUAUCCGCUUCGAGCCUGGUCAGCAACCAUCUGACAGACCAGAUGUGAUUGUUCGAGUCUUUAACAUGAAGGUGAACGAUUUCAUCACUGAUAUUAGAGAGGGGAGAACGUUUGGUAAAGUGCUUGCAGGUACUAGCUCCCCUUUCCUGUACGUUGUUUUCCCUGCCGCCAAUUUUUCUGCUCAUGCUCUUUUCCUUACCUCUUAUUAGUUCUCUACACCGUCGAGUUCCAAAAGCGUGGUCUCCCGCAUAUACAUUGCUUAGUUUGGCUUGCUGUGCCCACCGCAGAUAUUUCAGCAUCUGUCAUAGAUAGCUUCAUCUGUGCUGAGAUACCCGACUUCGACACUGAUCGCCUAGGGUAUGAGCUGGUCAGUGAGUUUAUGAUGCAUGGUUCUUGUGGCGAGGCAAACAAAGCAUGCCCUUGCAUGAAAAAUGAUAGGUGUUCGAAACACUACCCUAAAGAUUUCUAGGCUGAGACUGUUAUUGAUGAGUCUGGAUUCACGAUAUAUAGAAGGCGAAAUGAUGGUCGAUAUAUAACUAAAAAUGGCAUCCGUUUGGACAAUAGGUCGGUUGUACCCUACAAUCUCAACUUGCUCAAAACAUAUGAGGCACAUAUCAACGUUGAGUGGUGUAACAAAUCGAAUAUGAUUAAAUAUUUAUUCAAGUACAUUACAAAGGGACAUGACCGUGCAAAGAUAUACUUUGAGACUACUUCCAAAAUAGGGAACAUAUCACCAAACCAUGACCUAGCUCCUCCUGAUGAAAUAUUAGAAUAUAUGGAUGCUAGAUUUCUUUCUACCUGCGAAGCACUUCAUCGCAUAUUUGAAUUUGACAUACAUUAUAGAAUCCCACCAGUUGAGCGUCUAACAGUGCACUUACCUGGCAAAAACUAUGUUAGGUAUGAGAAGGGUUCUGACUUGAGAGCGGUGCUUAACAGCCCCGGUGCAAAGCGAUCGAUGCUAACUGAGUGGUUCGAAGCUAAUAGAAAAUAUACUAAAGCACGCUCAUUGACAUACUGUGAUUUUCCAAAAGAGUGGUCAUGGGAACCAUAAUCUAGAACAUGGCGAGAACGUAUACCAGCUGCGAAAAUAGGCAGGAUCUAUUACGUGUGGUGAGUUUUAUUAUCUCAGGAUGUUAUUGAUGAUAGUUAAAGGAGCACAGAGCUACGCUGACAUGCGCACCCAUAAUGGCAUUGUUUACAGCACUUUUAGAGAGGCAUGCGAAGCGAGAGGGCUGCUUGAAGGAGACAAUGAAUGGUAUCUUCUUUUUGAUGAGGCUAUAGAAUCUGCAUCAUCGAAACAGCUUAUGCAGUUGUUUGUCACUGUUAUCCUCUAUUGUUCUGUUGGUGAUGUUCGAUCCUUGUUUGAUAAGUAUUGGCUUCACAUGGCAGACGACAUCCACCAUAGGUUAAAGAAAGCGUUAGACAAUCCGCGGUGCAUCAUCCCACACGAACACUUGCUUAGCAUCCUUCUCCAUGAGCUUACAGCUAUCUUUGCGAAUAGCGGUGGAAAUAUAAGAGAUUUUAAUCUCCCAGUCCCAACAUCUGCCUCACAUAUGCCUGCUGGUAAUAGAUUAAUUGAUGAGGAGUAUGCACCCGAUCCACUCAUGAUGUCUAUGCACACAGAUUCUUUGAUUUCACAGCUUAAUGCUGACCAGAAAAAAACCUUUGACACUAUAGUCUCCUCAGUUUCAUCGAAGCAACCUGGUUUUUUCUUUGUGAGCAGGCAUGGGGAAACUGGGAAACAUUCCUGUGGAAUGCUAUGAUUGGAAAGCUUAGAUCACAGAAUAACAUUGUUCUUGCUGUCGCUUCAUCAGGAGUAGCGUCUCUGCUGCUACCUAGAGGAAGGACAGCUCACUCCCGAUUUAAGAUACCAAUCGAUAUUGAUGAAACCAGCCUUUGCAAUAUAAGACGAGGCACUAUGCUUGCUGAUCUUCUUAUUGAAACUGCGCUGAUUAUAUGGGAUGAGGCCCCAAUGACGCAUAGGCGCUGUUUCGAAGCGCUCGAUCGAACGCUGCGUGACAUCCUUUCUGAAACUAACCCUGCAAAUUCGAUUAUAUCUUUUGGGGGUAAACCUGUUGUUUUAGGUGGUGACUUCCGACAAAUAUUGCCUGUUGUUCCAAAAGGCUCACGUCUAGCUGUUAUGAACGCAUCGGUUACAAACUCAGAUCUAUGGAAACAUGUCACAGUGCUAACUCUAAAUAUUAACAUGAGAUUGCUAAGGCCAGCGUUGGCACAGAACGAGAGGGACGAAUUACAUGAAUUUAGUCAGUGGGUGUUGGCUGUUGGUGAUGGCACACUGCCCAUGAUCGCAAAAGAAGGCGAGGUGGAACCUUCAUGGAUUACAAUCCCUGACGAUCUUCUCGUUGUAACAGACGGUGACAAGAUUGCUGCUAUUGUCGAUGAGGUGUAUCCCAGCUUCAUUACAUUGUAUAAAGACCCUGCGUAUCUAGCUUCUCGUGCAAUUGUUUUGCCCUACGAAUACGAUAGUUGAUGAAAUAAACGAUUAUGUUGUUGCGUUGCUUCCAGGAGCUCCAAGAAUAUACUUAAGCUGUGAUACAAUAUCAAAAUGCUCAGAGCAAAUCCCAGAUUUUGACCUAUUAUACCCCCCCUGAAUUUCUUAACUCUAUUAAUGUUACUAACUUCCCUACUCAUAACCUUGUGUUGAAAGAGGGUGUUGUGGUUAUGCUGCUACGAAACUUGAAUCAAUCAGUGGGUCUUUGCAAUGGGACAAGGUUGUUGCUGGUUUAGGCGAAAGGAUUUUGAAGUGGAUCAUACUCACAGGAUCAAACAUAGGCGAAACCGCUUAUAUACCAAGAAUCACACUGAGCACAUCGAAAGUAAAAUGGCCUUUCACGCUUCAGAGAAGGCAAUUUCCAGUCCGCGUAUGUUAUGCCAUGACUAUCAAUAAAAGCCAAGGGCAAACACUUGACCAAGUUGGCGUAUACCUUACAAAGCCUGUUUUCAUGCACGGCCAGCUCUAUGUUGCCUUUUCAAGAGCAACAAGCCGAUCAGGUUUAAGAGUGCUUAUCCAGAAUGAUGAUGGCUCAUGUGGAAACCAAACAAGAAACGUAGUUUACACUGAGAUACUAUCCGCUGCGCUACAGGCGGUGAUGUCCUCGUUGCUCUUUCACACAUGUUCUUUCUCUCUUAACAGCAUGACAGCCAGCAUUAUUUUUCCUUUACAGGCUGCGCCGCCUGGCGCUUAGCGCGGCUUUCAUGAACAAGACAUGGCCGCUCUUGUACAUAAAUUUUGCCAUAAAUAUGUUCCAUCUGUAUGUUUGUACUAUAUACUCCUGGCUCACUAUAGCGUAUAUCCUUAUUUCUCAGCUUCUGUAUGGAGACAUCAGCAAGCAGAUCAAGACACGGCUCUCUAGGCUAUGGGAUUUCCACGAUAUCAAUGAUGAAGAAAAAAUAUAUCACACUGAACUUGUCUUGCUGGAUGAAACGGGCGCCAGUAUACAUGUGCAAAUCUAUCCAUCCCUAAGAAAUAAGUUCAAGGAUCUCUUACAGCAAGGGAAGGUCUACUACAUCGACUCUUUCUCUGUCAGAUAUGCCAAUAGAACAUAUAGGCCUGUUGCGAAUCCUUUGAUGAUUUCAUUUACUAAAUGGACUACCUUGGAAGAAUGCAUUGAGAUCCCUGACAAUUUCCCUAGCAUCACGUUUUCGCUGACACCGUUCCAAGAUGUUCCAUCUCUUGUGGAAAAGAAUCAUUUCUAUGUUGAUGUUAUGGGUAUCAUAACUGAGGUUGGUGCAACAGCCACCAUCCGCCCUAAAUCAAGCAACACCGACAACCUGAAAAGAACCAUGCAAAUUUCAGAUGCAAGCGGCUGCACACUGCCUGUCACACUCUGGGGGAAAACAACAACUGCCUUUGAAGUACAGGCGAUAUUCAAUGUUGGACAGAUUGAGCCUCAAGUUGUUGUCUUUGUUGGAACACUUGUACGAAACUACAAAGGGAUAGGCCUGACUUUGACUGGAAGCUCACCGUGCAAAUGGUAUGUCAACCUUGAUAUGCCCGAAGUUGCUGCCCUGAAACAGAGCGGGACCGUUUUGUCGUCAAUAUCACCAUAACCAGCAUAGCACAGCACACUUCGUGGUGUUACAACUCCUGCAAACUUUGCUCAAGAACCUCUAGGCCAUUUGAUUUCACCUACAGAUACACCCAUUGUUCCUACAUAGGCAUCGCAGUACCAAGGUACAAGGUUGUUCUAACCGCUGCUGACAGCACUGGCGAGGCUACAUUUAUUCUCUUUGGAAAAACAGCGCAGCGUAUCAUACGCAAACCAGCUGAGACACUCAUUGAGCAAAAUCCACCUGACAGGGAAUAUAUCCAGAUGAAAUUACAGCUCUUAUCAACCAGACCUUUGUUUGGAAUGUUAGCUUCACAGAGGAUACCCUCAUGAAAAACCAGGAAACAUUACAGGUCAAUAGCAUCAUUUCAUCUAGCGGUACAGCACAACCCCUAUUGUCUUCCUCAUCAGAUACAGCAGUGCAGCCAUUGGCUAUUAUGCCAUCGGCCUCAGUGAGUUGUCUUCAGUCAGCACCAGCAGCAAGUGAAACCAGCAUUGAGUCAAGGAUGGACACAGCUACAGGAAAAAGCACAUCUGCAGAGCAGGCUCCGAUGACGCCAACAACAUACCCCAUAAAGCCCCCAUCGGAUUAGACACCAACUAGUGCAUACAGCGCGCAAUCAACAAGCAAAAAGAGCUAUGUUCUACCCAUAUCUACACCCAUUCAGGCAAAACCUGUGCCAGAUGUUACAGGGGUAGCUGCACAGCCUCCACCAUCUGUCAACCUGUCCACCAAAAAAAUCACCGAAAAAAGGGCCAUGCCUACAGCCUCGGCCCCACCUGCUAAGAAAUUGUUCAAGGAUGAUAGCCCCAGCAAGGGCGACAACAAGUGAAUCAAAGAAAAAGUAUGCUGCUACUUUUGUUUCCCCCUACAAUAUCGUUUGCACCAGCGGAUGUACUCCUCUGCUAGCCAGGCCUUUUGUUCAAGACCUCUUCCUUAUCAAUUUGCAUAAGUAGUCUUUGUUUCCUGCAGUCGUUUUUCUGUUCGUCUAUAUCUAUCUUUGGACCUUGAAAAUCCACUGUUACUCCAGAACAUGGCACUCUUGUGUAAUAUGCAAUGUUCCCCUACCACUCACACCUAUGCUAUAUGAUGUGUUUACAUGUUGGGAUCA